CGUCACCUCCGCUCAGGAGACCCAGACACGCCUUUCUUACACUCUUUUUGCUUCACUUUCUUCCAUCUCUCGAAUGGUGGUCUGAACAAUGGCUCCUAAAUACAAGGACGGUGACGUCGUUGCCGCGUUCUCCGGCAAAUGGAUUUCAUACACGCAUACGGUCGUUGCAUACGCGGCGUUCCUGGGCGCGCUGAUCGUCGGAUGCGCUCUGCAUUAUAGAAAGAUUGUGCAAAACGAGCACUAUGGAUAUCCUCAAGAAUGGUUUCCUUCUGUCUCCGCGACCAUCGGCGACCGUUACCCUGAACGCUCCGUCUUCCAAGUCUUCAUUGCCAUGACGGCCGGUCCGAGAUUCGCCCUUGUCGCCUUGUGGUACCUUCUCACUGCGAGGCCGAACACCACCUUGCCCAAGUUCAUUGCUGGCGUCGGUAUCUUCCGCACGCUCACUUGCGGUGGGUGGACAUACAUCACCUCCACGGAUGACCACGAUUGGCAUGACAUUUUCAUGAUUUCCUAUCUUGUGGCUACCAUCCCUUGGACGUACGGCUGCUUCGUCCUGAGCCCACCAAACGCCAAGGCCAUCAAGUACCGGAAGAUCUUUGCUACUAGCUUCUUCGCGACUAUUGUGCCUCUUGUCUACUUCUUUAUUCAACACAAGGUCCACAAGGUCGCCGGCGCCUAUACUACGUAUGCGUUCUUCGAGUGGAGCUUGGUCCUGCUUGAUGUUGCAUUUGAUGCCGUCACCGUUUUCGACUUCGAUGGCUUUGAAAUCCUUGUCAGGGAUGUCAGAGGCGUCAGCAGAGGAAGCUCGAAAAUGGUCUCUGACCGCAUCGUGGAGAAGGAGAAAAACCUUGACAUUGCCGCAAUGUACGAGACUGGCUUCUCCUGGCCUGCUGCGAUUGACGCUAUGGCCGAUGUUUACAACGGCUACGUCUUCUGGUCCAUGCUUACCUCGUUGGGUCUGCUUGUGUGGUACUUCCCGCUGUGGUACAUGGGCAUUUCCGGUUACGAGGUGAUGGUCAUGUGCACUGUCUCUCCUUUCUUGCUCAGUAUCCGGCCUCUCCGGGCGUUGGUCAUCCGAAACGUACGCAUUACACACCUGAUGUCCCUCACCGGUCUUCUUGCCUACCUCUGCAAGUCUCCGGAGUAUCGUUUGUUCGCCGUUGGCUUUGGUCUCUGGAUGUCUUGUCUUUCUUGGGCUGCGACUUUCUAUGCCGAGCGCUCGCAACCCCAUCGUCUCGAGACCCGCAUCGCAGGGUUCUCUCUGGGUCUGCUAGCAUCCAGUCUUUCUAAGUUUGCUUUUUGGACGAACAAUCCUAUCUGGCCGAUUAUGCAUGCUCCGAACGGCGGCUGGAACAAGCUUGGUCUGCUGCUUGCAAUCCUGGCUGCCAUCCGUUCAACCAGGUUCACGGCAAGCAGCGGCGCGGACAUUCCCGCUCCUGGUUCUCAGAAGGGCUCUUCCCCGCUGGCCGGUCUUGGUCUUGCUGGUCUCUUCUUUGCCAUGCACUCUCUUCUGUCGGAUUCCAGCACUAUGAUUUCUUGGGUAUGGGAUGGUUACCCCGUCCGUGGGCCGCUCGCAGUUCCACACGGUGCUUGGACACUGGCUGCUAUGGGAGCGGGUCUGGCUUUUGGCCUGUUCAAGCCUAACCUUGCCCGUACCUGGACCUUCUAUGGUAUUGGCUCAGUUGGCGCCGCAGUCCUUACCUGCUACAGCCACUGGUUUGGAUACUACGGUGCUUUGACUGUUGCCUUUUACGUCAUGGCUAUGGCGCCUAUCCUGAUCUCUUCGGCCGCGAGGCACAACCCGGCGCCUACUUUUGGCCUGGGUUUCCUUAUCUAUAACAUCUUGGUCCUGGCUCACGUCUGGGUUGUCGCCUACGCCUUCGUCCCUGGUGGCCCGCUUAUGCGUGAGCACACUGACUGGGUCAUGACGGCUACCAUGCUUUUCCUGGGCUGUGGUGUCUUCUCUGCCACCGCCUCUGCUAACGGUAGCGGCGGCUCGAAGAAGAUGCACAAGCCCGUCAGCGCCAACGCACGCAAGCAGCGUUCUUACUACAUUUACAUCUUGCUCGCGCUGCAGUUGCUUGGUGCUUCGGUGGCUUACCUGCGCUUCCCAUCCUACGACUACACGCCGUAUCACCCCGAGGACAAGGUUGUCACGGCUGGCAUCUGGACCAUCCACUUCGUCCUGGACAACGACAUGUGGUCGUCAGAGCGGCGCAUGCGCGACGUGAUCAAGGAGCUCGAGAUUGAUGUCAUUGGCCUGCUUGAGAGCGACACGCAGCGCAUCAUCAUGGGCAACCGCGAUCCUACCCAGUUCCUGGCCGAAGACCUCGGCAUGUACGUCGACUUCGGUCCGGGUCCCAACAAGCACACGUGGGGUGCGGCACUGCUGUCCAAGUUCCCCAUCGUCAACUCGACGCACCACCUACUGCCGUCGCCGGUGGGCGAGCUGGCGCCAGCCAUCCACGCGACGCUCGACAUGUAUGGCGAGUUGGUCGACGUGUUCGUGUUCCACUCGGGCCAGGAAGAGGACCCAGAGGACCGCAGGCUGCAGUCUGAGUACCUGUCGAACCUGAUGGGUUCGACGUCGCGCCCGGCCAUCUUGCUCUCGUACCUGGUCACCAAGCCGCUCGAGGGCAACUACAACACGUACGUCAGCGACGUCAGCGGCAUGCACGACAUCGACCCCAGCGACUGGGACCGCUGGUGCGAGUACAUUCUCUACAAGGGCAUGCGGCGCGCCGGCUACGCGCGCGUCAGCCGCAGCACCAUUACGGAUACGGAGAUCCAGGUCGGCAAGUUCAUUGUUGGCCAGCCGGAGAACUCGAACGACAUGAUCCCCGAGGACCAGGUCCCUGUUGCGCAGCGCUUCCCGGCGUUGUUCAGGGGCGAGGGCGUUCGUGGCCACAGGUACCACGUCUUUGACGAGCCGAGGUACUUUGCCUAAAAUUGACAAUGGUGAAGUCGUUGACGCGUUUGAGCGUAUGUGAGAUGUGUGUAGGAGGAGACCAAAAUGAUACAUAAAAUCCGUUCUUUGCUUUUGUAUCACAUAGCUAGACAGCGACUUUUCUUAUACAUCAUAUCAACACUAUUCAUCUAUAU